AUAAAAUUCUUUGGAAGGUUUAAUGCAAGAUACAACAUAUAGAUUAAAUGUAAUGUGUGUAAUGAACGUUUAAUUCAUAUGCAAGUCAAAAUAUAUUUCAGGUAAACUUGUAAAGAAAAUGGCAAGCCAAAGGCUUAAGCAAAAGACAGUUAACCAUGCAGGCGGUAAGCCUGUAUACGACUCGAAUGUUGCUACACGUUUGGAGGAAGAAAAGAGAGAAUCAAAGAGGAAAGACAAGAAGAUAGACGAAUUGGAAAAGGAAUUAUCAGUAAUGAAAAAAUUGCUUAAACAGGAAAAAGCUGAAAGAGAAAAGAUAAAUCAUGGACAUGAAAAGAUGAUUUCAGAUUUGAAACAUGCUCAUGGGAAAAAUCUUGAUAAAACUUUAAGAGAUGAAAAUGACAGACUGAAACAUGAAAUUGACAAAAUAACCAUAGAGAAGGAGGAUCUUGGAAAAGAAGUCGAUCGUUUGAGAACAAGUUUGAGUAAAGUAGCUGGGGACAGAAUGAUGGACGGAAAUCCUUUUGUCACCGAUUUGAGUGACCCAAACCGACCGCAGAGACUAGCAGAGAAAUUCAACUGUCUAUACGAUAACUCAUGGACUGAUGCAUUCGAAAUCCUGUUAGCGAAGAAAAAAGACGAAAAAUCUAUAUGUAAAGUUUUGUUGGAUAUAUCGGAGGCAUGCUGGAUAUAUUGUUCUGGACUUUCAAAACACCAGUUUUCCAGUUUACAAAAAGCUUGUAUGGAAGCUCAGUUACCUGUUACGCUAUCUACUGAGAUGAAAGAAGACUCAAGUGCUUACACAAAACACCUCACCGACGCAAGGCGGUCAUGUGCUCGAACGUUUAUUCCAUUGCUAUGUCAACACUUCUGGGAAAAGGAAAUGAAUAAAGACCACAAAAAAGAAGAAACAUUGAAACCCUAUGUAGACGCCUGCCUCGAACUCUUUUGGUACAGUGCGAUUACUGAUCCACCUCUAUAUUAUUCAUUUAUCGCUGAUAAUCUUGACGACUUCAGGGGAUAUACAAAAAAUGGUGACGAGAUGGACUUUAUUGUCUGGCCGGCAAUGUACUUGCAUGAAAACGGUCCACUUUUGUAUCAAGGAGUAGUCCAAUAUAAAUAGAACGAUAAGGGAUAAUUGUAUAGGAACAUACAACCAUGUCUCUAAUGGAUUUAUGUUUUCUGGAUUUGGGUAUACUAAUUAUUUGAUUUUAUUGAUUUAGAAUCUAUGUGACUGUGUUUAUUGCAUUUGUUUUAUUGUAUUAUCUUUACAUUUUAUUAUUUCGAAAUUAUUUUACCAAUAAGCACUGUAUGUUUUUGUACUACAAGUGGUGAGACUAAUUAAAUAUUGA